AUGAGUUGGAGUUUUCUGACCCGCCUGUUAGAGGAGAUCCACAAUCACUCCACCUUUGUUGGCAAGAUCUGGCUGACAGCGCUGAUCGUGUUUCGCAUCGUCCUGACUGCUGUGGGAGGAGAGUCCAUCUAUUACGAUGAGCAAAGCAAGUUUGUGUGCAACACGGAGCAGCCGGGCUGCGAGAACGUGUGCUACGAUGCCUUCGCCCCCCUCUCGCACGUGAGGUUCUGGGUCUUCCAGAUCAUUCUGGUGGCCACCCCCUCCGUGAUGUACCUGGGCUACGCCAUCCAUAAGAUCGCCCGCAUGGUGGAGCGCAGCGAAGCCGACAGGAGGACCCGAAGCAAAAGCUUCUCCGUGCGCUGGAAACAACACCGUGGCUUGGAGGAGGCCGAGGAGGACCACGAGGAGGACCCGAUGAUGUACCCAGAGAUAGAGCUGGAGAGCGAGCGGGAGAACAAAGAGCAGCAGCCCCCUGACAAAGCCAAGCACGACGGCCGGCGGCGAAUCCGGGAGGAUGGCCUCAUGAAGAUUUACGUCCUGCAGCUCCUGGCCAGGACUACGUUUGAGAUCAGCUUCCUCGUGGGCCAGUAUUUUCUGUACGGCUUCGAGGUCAGCCCCGUCUUCGUGUGCAGCAGGAAGCCGUGCCCGCACAAGAUCGAUUGCUUCAUCUCCAGACCAACCGAGAAAACCAUUUUCCUGCUCAUCAUGUACGGGGUGAGCUGCAUGUGUUUGCUCUUGAACGUCUGGGAGAUGCUCCACUUGGGAUUCGGCACAAUCCGGGACACGCUGAACAACAAGAGGCAGGAGCUGGAAGACGCCGGGACCUACAACUACCCUUUCACUUGGAACACGCCGUCCGCUCCCCCGGGCUACAACAUCGCGGUGAAGCCCGAGCAGCUGCAGUACACCGAGCUGUCCAACGCCAAGAUGGCCUACAAGCAGAACAAAGCCAACAUCGCCCAGGAGCAGCAGUACGGCAGCAACGAGGAGAACAUUCCCGCCGACCUGGAGAGCCUGCAGAGGGAGAUCAAAGUGGCUCAGGAGCGCCUGGACCUCGCCAUCCAGGCGUACAACAACCAAAACAACCCCGGCGCCUCCCGAGAGAAGAAAUCCAAAGCAGGCUCCAACAAGAGCAGUGCCAGCAGCAAGUCAGGAGAUGGGAAGAACUCUGUCUGGAUUUAACGUUGGCUGAGUUUAGAUAGCGUGGUUUUCUUCGCCUAGUUUAUCAUAACCAGCAACCCCUUGAGUAAUGGCUUCCAUUAAGUAAAUAUUUGACUCUGGAUAAAUAUUUUCAGGGAUACCGUUGGCUCGUGAUUCAACCUCUCAGAAAAAGGUUUAGAUGCAUAUUCUAGGAUCAUAGGACUUUAUUCUUCUGUCUUCCCAGUCAGGAGACAAAUAGGUAUAUUUAAGUCAUUCUCAUUGAACGGUUUAUGCUGUAUGUACAGUAUUAGAGUACAUUUAUGAUGCACAAUUUUUUUUGUAUUUGUACACUGGAUCUCUGCCGUUACUCUUU